GCGGAUAUGCAGGAGAUGCAGGAGGAGAGCAAUGAAGAGAGAAAGAGCGACGGACGAGUGGAAGAGUGGAAUGGACAUACCAUAUCCGCAGGGGCCACAUCGAGUAUUGGAGGAGCAGGAGCUUGAAGAGGAUCCCAACGGAGGAGAGAAAGGAGUUGGCGGGAAACACCCGGGUCGUAAUUACGAUAUGACGUCAACGUGCUUGUAUUGUCCGACCCCAUGGAAGAUGGCUAGAGGGAGAGGGGGAGUGGGGGUGGGGGUCCACAAACAUGCGGUCGAUUCGGCGCAGCAGCAUGCCACGUGGCCGCGCCGAGCUUGGACUUCCCAGAGAGCAUCGGUUAGCCACGUGGCACUGACGCUGUUUCGCGCCUUCUGUUCGCGGCGGCUAACAGGGAGCGCGCCAAUGCGCGGGACACUGAUAUCCACAACGGAGCGGAACGUGACGGCGGGCAUGCGCGCAGGGAGGGGAUGGAGGAUGGGGCGUGGGACGAAGGCGAGCGGCGGGAGAAGGGGGGCGAGGAAAGAGAGGCGGGGGGUAGGAGAACAACUGCUGGUGAGGGCUUUCGAAUACAACGAUGAUGGAGACGACAACGAGAUCGACCUAGAUGAAGAUCAAGACCCGACGGAGGAGGAGUUCAAAUCCGCUCAUUAUGAAAUGCCACUCACUGAUUACGGUGUGUCGGACGCGGACGCUCCUCUCUUUGACGACUUGCCAGUGGGUUUCAAGAUUGAUGAGAGGAAGUUCCACAAGAUUUCUCUGCAUCAGUGCGAUUUCUUCAUUAGGAAAGGAAGGCUUCCGACCGCUGUGAAGAAACGACGAGGACGUGGAGUGAAUUCUGUCGUUGAUGAUGAUGAUGAUGAUGAUGAUGAUGAUGAUGAGGAGGAGGAGGAGGAGGAGGAGGAGGAGGUGGAGGAGGAGGUGAAGAUAAUUGAAAACGAAGUGGCAAAUGAAGAAGAAGAAGAGGAGGAGGAGGAGGAGGAGGAGGAGGAGGAGGAGGAAUGGCUAAGGAGAAUGAAGAAAAAAAAGCGGAAGAAUGAUGUUUUUGACUUUAGCGAGUGUUAUGUCACCCCUCCCGAUACCGACAUCUAUACGGUAGCUCAGAUGGUUGGGAAUAUGCCUAAAACCCCAAUUAGAUGCACGGCUAGCAAGUGGGAGAUUAUUACAUAUAGAUUACCUCCGCAAGAUACUCCUCGAGCUCCCUUCAUCACCACAAAGUGGGAGGUUCAUAAAGUUUUCCUAAUCAAGCAUCUAGAUAACCGAAAGGUAGAGGAUGAAGAUUUCAUGCUGGACUAUGAGGAGGUGUAUGUGCUCGAUGGGAAAAAGCGAAUCAUCGAGAGAGCAAAUGUGGUGGUGGAAGUGCCAACUGGAAGAGACAGGGACAGAUCGCAGGAGGUGUUUUGCGUGAGAGAGGAUAGCUACAGACUGGUGCCUGUUGAAAAAGCCAAGUCGAGAAGCGAGAUAGUUAUCGAGCGAAAGCGGGAAAAGGCAGAAACCCAGCUGGAAGAAUACCUUAGUGGUUUCCGAGAUUACGACCAGUCCGCCAAGUUUUGAAACAGAGGCUGGAAAAGAGAGAGAGAGAGAGAGAGAGAGAGAGAGAGAGAGAGAGAGAGAGAGAGAGAGAGAGAGAGAGAGAGAGAGGAAUAGGAUAUUUGUAUAAUGAUGAAUGUUGAUGGGAUAUGGAAGAGAGAAAGAGGAUGAGGUAGGAGGUAGUAGGAUAGGAAGAGAUGCAAUUGCUUCUUUUUCGGCUGAAGCAAAUGGGUUAACCUUGUAUCUUGUUCUGUUUUUAUUUGCAUGCCACAUGCAGUGGACUGCGUGUUUUCUCGUUUUGGGAUUAGAGUCGACUGAUGGUAACCAAACCGUUUAUUUGCAUGCCACGUGCAAAUGGGUUUAAGAAGAAGACGAAGACGAAGAAGACGAAGACGAAGAAGAAGAAGAAGAAGAGGGAGAAAAAUAAAAGCUUGGCAUAAGGUUAAGGAGAUGGUUCGGAACUCAUCGGACACAAGCCAGAUACACCUCGCAAUGCACAGGAGAAUCUGGCUACCGGUAGCCCAGGACAAGGUGGCAUAUACAUUAACGACAUGCGACCGAAAUUUGAGGACUGGCAUAAAUCAGAGAUUUCAUCCAGUAUAGCGGCAGAACUCUU